AAAUACCCAACAGCCGAUUUCAAUGGAAAUUUCGAGAUAACUAUACGUUAAUCGUGUAAGGAAAAACGGUAAAGUUCGCUCUGCCAUAAAAAAGUCUCUUUUAACUCUCAACAUGACUGAACACGAUGAGCGAACAAACGAUCAUCAUCCCAAUUAAUAAAAAUUCCAAAUUUUAAAUAAUUCACGUAAAAACAAGAAAACGUGCGAAAUCGAAAAGCACAUCGCCAACAAAACAUAACCUCAAACCACCGGGCAAACCGGAGCCUAUACUCACGUUAACGACAUCGUCGACGGUGUAACCGAGCAGAAAUUGCUCGUACGUUCCCACGACGACUUCCAGAUUCGGUGCCAUGGUUUUUACUCUCAGAAAGUCUCGAUAAUGUUCGUUCGUCGAUGCAGUCUCGACGUCGUAGCGGAGAAAUUACACAUGUGCAGCUGAGCGCGUCAACAAUGCGUCGAACGAGAGCAGCUACUACAACUUCAUCAUUCUCCGUGAAUUUAUUGCGGAUUCGACUGCUCUCUCGGAUCGUGAAAAAGUAUCCUUUUACUAUUAUAUACUUGUGGAUCGCUCUCGUGGCACAAGUGUCGUUUAUAAUGGAGGAGAUGAAAAUAGUCCAACUCGAUGUUCAAGAUGUUCGCUUUCCGACUUCGCUCAAGUCAGAUGGCAGCGAUGCGAUGCACACUGACCCGGACUACUCGUGCGCUUAUGUCACGAUAAAGACCAACAAGAAUGUUAGCGGAUAUGGCAUGACUUUUACCCUGGGCAGAGGAACCGAAAUCGUCGUUCUGGCCUGCAAAACGAUGUCGAAGAUGAUAGUAGGCCUGAAACCCCAGGACAUCUUCAACGACUUCGCUUCCUUCUGGAGGAAACUCACCAGCGAAUCUCAACUCCGAUGGAUUGGCCCGGAAAAAGGCGUAACCCACUUGGCAACGGCGGCGAUUAUAAAUGCCCUCUGGGAUUUGUGGGCUCGAAUCGAAGAGAAGCCUUUGUGGAAACUACUGGUUGAUCUCAGCCCGGAGCAACUGGUUUCAGCGAUAGAUUUCCGAUACAUUACCGACGUCGUCACCAAACAAGAAGCUCUCGAGCUCCUGAGAUCCCAACAGUCCGCAAAAGCAACCCGUGAAGCGGCUCUUCUCCAAAAGGGCUACCCAGCCUACACGACCCAGGUAGGCUGGCUGGGCUACAGCGACGUCAAGGUUCGCGAGCUUUGCGCCAAGUACCUCGACCUGGGCUUCACUGCCUUCAAAGCCAAAGUCGGCCAGGAUCUAAAGGACGACACUCGUCGCUGUGGCCUCAUCCGCGAAGCCAUCGGCUACGACAAGACCCUGAUGGUCGACGCUAACCAGAUCUGGGAGGUGGAAGAAGCUGUCGACUGGAUGAAGCAGUUGGCCAAGUUCCAGCCUCUGUGGAUCGAGGAGCCGACGUCGCCGGACGAUGUGCUGGGACAUGCCAGAAUCGCGAAAGAGCUGAGGCCUCUUGGUAUAGGUGUAGCCACUGGUGAGAUGUGCGCCAACAGGGUGAUAUUCAAGCAGAUGUUGCAGGCUGGUGCGCUGGACUACUGCCAGAUCGACUCGGCGAGGAUCGGAGGCGUCAACGAGAUUCUGGCGGUCUAUCUGAUGGCGAAGAAGCUUAACGUACCUGUCUGCCCUCAUGCCGGCGGGGUGGGUCUCUGCGAGAUGGUUCAACACCUGCAAAUGUGGGACUUUGUGUCCCUGACUGGGACCACUGAGAAGCGCCUGAUAGAGUACGUGGACCAGCAGCAUGAGCACUUUGAAGACCCUGCCGUUGUACAAAAGGCUCACUACAUGCCUCCAUCCAAGCCUGGAUACUCAACCAAAUUCAAAGAUGAAAGCCUGCGAGACUAUGUCUAUCCCGCUGGAAGAGAGUGGCAGCGUAUGUUCAAGGAGGGAGUUUUCCCUGCACCAACCGACUGAGUAAUUUGAGUUUCUGAAAUUGAGAGAUACAUGGUCGAUGCACAUUUUUUCUAUUAAAUAGGCUAAUAUCAAAUA